UGGAUAUUGGAAGCAGGGCUAGCAAUGACAUCUGACUACGGUCGACACCAAUUUCCGGAUCGACUUUUCUGUGACAGCAGUAGAUUUGAGACCAAUUCCUAAACAAAACGACAAAAGUUAAUAAGUUUAAAAUGGUGACAGUCCAGUGCAGUACAGUCAUAAGUUAUUUGUUUUACGAGGCUGUGGAUCAACUACUUUUGUGCACAUUUCAGUUUUAGUAAUGUGUAGUCGUGUUUAUAGCUCAUAGCAUGCAAGUAGACACGGGGAUAUCUCAUUUAGGCCUAAAAUGCCAACAAAUAAGCAAUGCUGCAAAGGAUUACGAGUUUCUCGCAGCAUUGCAUUCGUUAGCUAUUUCUUGUGAGAAAGGCGAAGUCGGUACAUUUAACACCAGCCAGUCUGAACAAAGUGGUAUGAAAACAUUGUUUAAAAUGUUGGGUCGUCUAAGCAAAGACUGCGGGGGCCUAUGGACUGUUAACGAAGAAAGUGACUGGUUGAUCUUAUAUAUAUUUUCCCGCUGCUACGGAUGGAAGGAUAUUGAUUUGAACGAUGUGAGAUCUCAGAUAUUGGUUCCUUCAGCAACGCAGCGAUAUAGGAAUGUAUCAAAAGACGAAGAGCUACAAAUGAAAGACAAAAUCAUCUUACUCAGUACUGAACUCAUAAAUUUAAUAAAAGAUCUUCCCCUGACUCUGGUUGGUCUGAAGAUGUUUAUCAGUUCUAUCCAUCUAGCUCGUGGAAUGCAUCAUACGCGAAAACAGAUGGCACUGUUUGCGGUUGAUUGGUUGACUUUUGGCUUGGAAACUGCUGGUGGUGGUGCUAAGGCAAGAGCUAAUCAUCAGUUCAUUAAUAAGGUUGCCCCAGUGCAGCCAUUUCUUCCGGAAGACUCAACUCCAGAAACCAUGUUUAUGACAGUUAAGGAUCUUAUCUGGAUUUGUUGUACCGACAACAAUCGACUUAUUCGUAUCUCAUCACUCGGGGCACUACAUUUCCUAUUUGCUCAGCUGUCUACAAAUACAGUUGUACGCUUGAUUAAAUUGUCACUUGAAGUAUUUGAGAAACCAGAAAUGUGUGCUAAUGAAUCGUCUGAAGGUGCUUUAGACAUGCUCACCCUUUUGUUAAAACGGCUGUUACCUAGCGAACAACUGCCUCCCAUAAAUUCAUCAAAUAUGGAGAUGGAAGGUGCGUCAAAGUCGAACCUUCGGUCUGCCAGUAUUCAUCGGAUUUCGUCCAAAGCCAGUUGUUCCCACGAAUACGUACAAUUACUUUUAACCUUUUUAACAGUGAUUACCUCCAUAUACGAGUUACUCAAAGAAAAUGUCGAUCAGAUUGUGAAAGAAUUAUGCAUGAGUGCUGGUGCACAGCAUAUAUCUAGUCAAGAAAAUACACCUUCAAAAUUAGAGAGCUGGAAAAGCAGUCCUAAAUACUGUGAGACUCUGCUAGACCUCUGUCGACAUCUGAUCAAAAAAGUUGGCGAAAAUAACCUGCCUCCAAAUACUGGAAGUUUACAGAACAGCCUAGCCGACUUCUAUCUAAGCCAUUCAUCUGAAAAUGUUCGUACUAGUGCAUGUAAUUUAUUCCUAACCUUAUUCAUUAGUGCUUCAAAAAAUACUAAUCGUCUCCGCUAUUUAAUGAACAAAGUGUUAGAGAACUGGCAGGUUAGACAAGAACUUGUGACGUCUCCGAUUCCCAAAUCAGCGCCAAGUGUGAGUGAAACUGAAAAGACUUCAGGGAAUACGAAAGAAAGACCAUUGAUUGUGAGGACAAAAUCUCAAACGGUUAGCUGGAUAUGGCGUGAAGGCCGAAUACGCGUUUACUCUUUUUUAGCGCGUACAUUAGUUGGACUUCAUCUCAAAGUGCUUUGUGAUGUGGAUACCGAAGGAUGUAAUACAACGAUAUCUGGUGACUUUUGUGUCAGCCCAACUUCAACAGAAAUGGGUAACAAGCGGUCUUUGACAGAUGACAAGUUGUUUGCCCAGAGAUUAUCGCAAUCUAACACUAGUCCUACUACUAAAUCAAGACCUAAUAUUCUGGUGAUAGAUGGGGACCGCCGUUCAUCUUUAAAUAAACCGUUACAAAUCGUGAAUGGUUCACCAGCAGUUUCACGAGCGAGGAUGAAUAAUAACACUUCCCGAAAAUCAAUGUGCUUGACAGUACUGGAAAAUAUUCGAGCUUCUGAAAGUGGUGAGAAAGGCAAACAACUGGAAGUCGGCAGAGCACAAACAUGGCUAAAACGCCUGAGUUCAGCUCAAGCAUUUAGUGCAAUAAAUAGAACAAGUAGUCGUGUGGAACUUGAUACAAUCAGUAUGAAAUCUAUGUUGUUCAAAAUGUUACAGCUCUCCACAGAAUGCUUGCUGGACGAGAAUGUUGAACUACGUACUUCUGCUAAAAAAGCCUUAAAUGAUAUCGGAAAAUUGAUAAGGUGGUACGAUGGCAAUCUUUUAUUAGAAUUAAUUUCAUCACACAUGCUUGGUCCACCAUCAAUGAUGUCAUAUGCAACUUUGAAGCUCUUGCGCGACGGCUUAUUUGAAUUAUGGCAGUAUGAUGAAAUUUUACAAAUGGAAGAAAAAGAACCGGGUUUCACAGAAAAAUUUGCCAGUGUUGGAACAAUUCCUAUUUUAAAUUCAUCACUACUUUUUGGUCUAUUUUCACCAGAAAAAUCAAGAUUAUGGCUUCGAACCUGCCAGCAGUAUACUUUUAACCAAACAUCACCUAUAUUUCUUACUAUCUUAUCAAUGGAGUGCACUCUAUAUACCCUUUGUCUCACUCACAGACUGCCCAAUUUAUCACUUGUGGCAUGUACUUGGGAGACUAUGAGACCUGAUCCACUUUCAAGUAUACAAUACUCUCAACGUAAACUGGAAGUAGAUCCAGGCGAUGUGGCAGAAUGUGUUAAAGGGUUUGUUGAAUUCGCUCAACGCAUAGACAUACAACUUGGAGCUAGAUAUGAACCAGUAUCCAACAGUAUUGAUCUAACCAGCAUGGCAGCAACGCUUAGGCUGAGUCCGUCUUGCCUACAGCUUUCACAAACUAGUGAAAAAGGUGUCAAAAGAAAAUCUGCGUCCAGUAAUAACCCACUCGCAUCUACAGUCAUGAAAGUUAUCUCAAAAAUGGAAGCAAUAAUAUAUCCUUUUCUGCCACCAACAAUGAAUUCAAAUCGACCUCAUCCUAAAGUGCGUAAAAUUGGUGGACUUUUAUUAUCUCCGAUGCUACCAUAUCUUAUUACAUGGCCGCUAGCUCUUCUUCCUCCAGGUUUGAAUGCCGUUUCGUCAAAUCUGUCCAAAGAGAAAAGACUUCUUGCAGUUCGAAAAAUCCUUCGCGUAACUGCAGCCAUCACACUGGCUCUGCCAAUCGCUAACCAGUCAACAACGCAAAAAAAUGAUCCAACUUUAAGCAGAGAUGUCAAUGAUGUACUGAAUGACUUGAUGUCGACUGCUGAACAAUCUGUUAAUUUAACAACUGUUGCAGAUGCAUAUUUCGCUCAGCUGGAAAAUAUCAUCCUUCAGUUGACAAAGCUCCGAAACUAAACCAAUCAGCUCAAAGGACACUUCUAAUUGGAAAUCAUCCACCUGAGCUAUAAAUCUUCUCUAUUAUUUCAAAGUUGUAUUCACUUUGUCAAGGUCUGUAGAAACAUUCGCUUAUAUUUUUAGCCUCUGUUCGUAGAAUAAACAGUUACGAUUUCAUAAUUUCACUGACGCUAAUUCAAAUACAACCCGGGCCCAUUGAUUGAGGCAUCCAGAUUUCAAAAUCCAUUUCACUGAAUUCAGAAUGAAUAACUGGUAUGCACUAUAGUGUUUAAUUACAUGUGAACUACAGAAUGCACUGUUUAAAAAAAUACUUAGUAAACCGAGAGCAUAGUUAUUAAGAUUUUAGCUGUGAUAACCUGUAUGUCAUUCAGAUUGUUUUAGUGAUGAAAGAAUUCACACGGUAGCUUGUUCUUGCUUAUUAACAAGAAUUUCACUGAGAUUUAAUCGAUAGACACUGAGGUGAAAAAGUUAUUUUCUUCUCAUAAUGCUAAGAAAGGGAUUCCACAUAUACAUA